AUGGUCAGCGAUGGAAGCUUGAACAUGCAGAUCUACAAGUCGACCUCGAAGAUGGAUUCAUUGAAACACUGUUCUCAAUGGACCAAAGACAACAAGAAACCUUUCAAGACCAAUGGAAGUAAGCACGGGGAUAUCGAUCUUGGUGUUCAUCUUGAUUCUGGAUCUACGUUCAGCCUACAAAUGAACGAGGAUUACGCCAAACCGGGCACUGUGUCUGACCUGGAUUACAUGUUCAACUACGGUACGAACACUGGUCAACGUGAUCUGCAUCAGCAGGUCGAAUCAAGUAUUAUCGAAGGACACACUUGCUUGCUUGAUACUGAAGCGCAAUGUAACCUUGAUAGUUUAUCCGAGCUUGUGAAGCUUGGAUUUUGUGUCGUUAUGGACACUGAUAUUGAAAACUCCUUCAUCGUUACGAAGGGGGAACAACGAAUGAGAUAUUUGCAUCGAAACGGAUUGUAUACUUUUGUACCCGAUGGUAGGGCAGAAAGUGAUGAAGGAUCCGAAUACUCUGAGUGUGAAUACAGAGAAUGCGGAAAUUCGCAGUCGGAUGCCGCGUCUAGCGUCACUGGAACGCAAUCAACUGGUCAACAACAUCGAAGCAAUAUGCAACGAGCUGUUGUUGACAGGAGUGGACAUAGCACUUCUGGUACUACGGAUGUACUCGGUUCUUAUGUGGUACGAGGCAGGUCUAUCGUUGAUGGACAAUCUAAUGGUAGAAUUACAGGAUGGAACCUUGCACAAGUACGUGUAAGAUCAAUUCUGAAGAAGCAAGCAGUCUCCACUGAAGACAGGGGAGAGUUGCUGAUGCAGAAAUGGCAAGCACAACUAGAAGCUGCCAGUACUUUCAAGGACAAUGACAGCAUGGUCAGCGAUGGAAGCUUGAACAUGCAGAUUUACAAGUCGACCUCGAAGAUGGAUUCAUUGAAGCACUGUUCUCAAUGGACCAAAGACAACAAGAAACCUUUCAAAUAUAAUGGAAGUAAGCACUGGGAUAUCGAUCUUGGUGUACAUCUUGAUUCUGGAUCUACGUUCAGCCUACGAAUGAACGAAGAUUACGCCAAACCGGGCACUGUGUCUGACCUGGAUUACAUGUUCAACUACGGUACGAACACUGGCCAACGUGACCUGCAUCAACAGGUCGAAUCAAGUAUUAUCGAAGGACACACUUGCUUGCUAGACACUGAAGCGCAAUGUAACCUUGAUAGUUUAUCCGAGCUCGUGAAGCUUGGAUUUCGUGUCGUUAUGGACACUGACAUUGAAAACUCCUUCAUCGUUACGAAGGGGGAACAGAGAAUGAGGUAUGUGCAUUGA